UCCACCAUGGCCGUGGCAGCGCUGGGAGCUUCUCUAUGGUUGCCGCCGCAGGAAUUCUCCUCGUUUCCACUCUGGAUCGACCGGCGCCAAGGUCCUUGUUUUCCCAGAAUUAGGGCUCUUGCAGCGCGGAAGAAUGCCAAUGCCGCCGCGUCGUCUCCCAGCGUGAUGCUUGUCUCAGACCUUGAUUUCACCAUGGUGGAUCACAAGGAUCAAACUCAUUCUUCUCUCCUGGAUUUUGCGUCCCUGUGGGAAGCUGAGUACUCUCGGGAUUGCCAUCUCGUGUUUUCGUCUGGGAGAUCUCCCGAGAAGUAUUUGGAUUUGCGGAGGCAGGUUCCUCUCCUCACGCCGGACACGAUCAUUUGUUCCGUUGGCACUGAGAUCCGGUAUGGUCCUUCAAUGACUCCUGACAAUGGCUGGGAAGAGCAUUUGGACGAAGGAUGGAACCGAGAGAUCAUAGUCGAGGAGGCCAAAAAAUUUGCGACGCUCCAGUUUCAGGAGGAUUCGGAACAACGUCCUCACAAAGUGAGCUUCAAGGUCGAGAAAAAGGAUGCCGAGGAGAUCAUCCGGCGAUUUUCAAAGAAGUUCAAAGAACUGAAGCUUGAUGCGAAGUUGAUAUACAGUGGGGGCAUUGACCUGGAUGUUCUUCCUCAACGCGCAGGCAAGGGCGAGGCACUGGCGUAUCUCAUGAAGAAGGCUAACUCGGAGGGAUGGGCGAAAGAACGAGUCCUUGUUUGUGGAGACUCUGGGAACGACGUGGAGCUUUUCACCGUCAAGGGCGUCAAUGGAGUCAUAGUUGGCAAUGCAUUCGAGGAGCUUGUCAAAUGGUACAGCUCUCAGUCCUCGAAAGAUCACAUCCACUUCGCAAGCAACAGAUGUGCCGGGGGUAUAAUCGAAGCUCUCAAGUUUUUCGACAUGGGACCGGCCUUGCCUCCACGAGAGAGGCCGGGUGGUAACUCGAACGGAGCCGCGUCUCCAAGGCGAGAAAUUGUCGAUUUCUAUAUCUUCUUCGACAAGUGGGUUAAAGGUGACAUUCCGAACACUGACGAGGCCUUUCAAAGAUUGACAUCGGUGAUUGCUGAAGAUGCAAGAAUGGUGUAUCCCUGGGGAGAAGAAUUAAAUUUGUUACAGUCCCUCGCCGUUGUUCGGGGACAGCAUGGAGCAUUUCAAGGGAAAGAACUCCGGACUUGGGUGGACAGUAUUCAGGAACAGGAGCUAGCCCCGGGAGUGUAUCUUGCGACAUGGCAGUCUUGGGAGCAGCCUUCAGGGGAGAAUCGCAAAGGCUACUAUGCAACAGCCGUGUUUAAAGACAAGGAAGGAGCACCUAAUGGAGUCGAAUGGCUGCGAGUUCAUCAAACUCCUCAAAAACAGAAGUGAUCGCUCAUGAAAGCUCUGAGGAACUUUAGAGUCAGCUAUAUAGAUCGAACAAGCACAAGUACUAGCACAGAUUGUAAAAACAACCCGGUUUUUCAGCUUGGGGGGAGCUUACAUCCCAGAGCUAUGGCUGCCGACGCCAGGAAAGACUCGGACAGUCCUUCCGCUCGCCUGUAAUGCGUUUCCCACGCAAUGGACUGCUCCACGUCCUCAA